GGGGACGAUCGUGCCGCUGCUCCGGAUCGUCCCCGCGCCGGGCACCGAGCGGCGCGCUGCGUGACGUCAGCACGGUGAUGUAACAACCCCCUUUUCCCUCCAAUCCCACCCUCACGCGCGCUGUCCGGUAGCGGCGCGACCCUUCCCCCCCCACCCCCGCCUUCCCCGGUUCCGGUCCUGCGUCUGCGCGGAGCCGUGUCCCGAACCCCCUCCCCCCCCUCCCGCAAUGGCGGCUCCGGGGGGCGGGGCCGCGCUGGAGGAGGAGUGCGAAGUGGUGCGCGUGCGCGUCAAGAAGAGCGAGGGGCUGCAGCCACCCGAGUUCCGCUCCUUCGCCGUGGACCCGCAGAUCACAUCCCUGGACGUGCUGCAGCACAUCCUAGCCCGUGCAUUCGACCUGCAGGGGAAGAAGAGCUUCUCCAUCAGCUUCGCCGCUCGGGACCCGCAGGGCCAGGAGAGCUUCGUGCCGCUGCUGAGCGAUGGGGACCUGGCGGCUGCCUUUGCCUGUGCCCGGCCUGCUCUGCGCCUGCGCCUCGAUGUGCGGCCCCCAGCCGAGAGCCCGCUGCUCGAGGACUGGGACAUCAUCAGCCCGCGGGAGGUGGCAGCAGUGGAGCCGCUCCCUGAGCGCCGCUCGCUGCUGGCUGCAGCUCUGCCCUUCACCCAGGCCCUGCUGGCACAGGUUGGCCGGACGCUGGCCCGGGCGCAGGCUGCCCUGGCAUGGCCUGAGGGGUCCCCCCCCUCACCCCCGCUGCCGCCUCCCCCCUGCGCCCCACUGAGCGAUGCCGACCUCCGCACAUACCUGGGCCCUGGCGGGCGGCUGCUGCGGCCCCAUGACCUGCGGCUCCAUGUCUACCAUGGUGGUGUCGAGCCUGGCCUGCGCAAGGUGGUGUGGCGCUACCUGCUCAAUGUCUUCCCGCCGGGGCUCUCGGGGCAGGAGCGCUUGGCUCACCUGCGCCGCAAGGCCGGGGAGUACGCGGCGCUGAAGGAGGUGCUGGCGGCACGGGCGGCCCCUGCCGAGCUGACGCUGGUGGCGGCCGCCGUGCGCAAGGACGUGGUGCGCACCGACCGCGGGCACCCCUACUUCGGCGGCCCCGAGGAGGGGCACCCGCACUUGGCUGCGCUGCAGGCGCUGCUCACCACCUUCGCGCUGGGCCACCCGCGCCUCUCCUACUGCCAGGGCAUGUCGGACGUGGCGGCGCCGCUCUUGGCCGUGCUGGAUGAUGAAGCUCAAGCUUUCCUCUGCUUCUGCUCCCUCAUGCGCCGCCUUGGACCCCGCUUCCGUCCUGGCGGCCGGGGCCUGGCCCGUGCCUUCGCCCACCUCCGGCGCCUCCUGCGCCGUGCAGAUCCCCCAUUCUGGGCCUUCCUGGCUGCCCGUGGCGCCCACGACCUCCUCUUUUGCUAUCGCUGGCUCCUGCUGGAGCUCAAGCGUGAGUUUGCCUUCGAGGAUGCCCUCAGGGUGCUGGAGAUCACUUGGAGCUCACUGCCACCUGCCCCACCGCCCCCCCCCGAUGGCAUUCCCCUCCUUGGAGCCCCCCUGGGCCCUCGCCGGGCUCGCCAGGGGCUGCAGGAGCGGCGUGGGCUGAGGCCACGGCCCCCCCGGCGCCUCCGCCGGCAGCGGCAGCGCAUGGGGGCUGCUGUGGAUGGGCAGGAGGGCUCCAAUGAUGGCUCCAAGGUCUCCGUGGGUGGCCCAGAGGCUCCCAAGAGGUUUGGGGAUGAGCAAGAGAUGCCAAAGAGCUCCAGGAGUGCCCCAGAGGGGCUUGGGAGCUCCAGGGUUAUCGAGAGCUGUGGGGAUGAGCAAGAGGGGCUCCAGAGCUCCAACAUCAUUAAGGAUGGUUCUGGGGGCAGCUGUGAGAAGCUUGAGGUCUUUGGGGGUGGCCAAGCUUGUCCUGACCAAAAGGGCUGGGAGAUCUCCCAGGAUGCCUAUGGCAGUAACAAGGGCCUUGGGGAGGUCCAGGGUGAUGCCAAUGCCCCCAGGGGUCUCCAAGAGCAUCCCACAGCCUCCAGUGAUGUUGGCCAAGGUGCUGGCGGCCUCAGGGACACGGGAGAAGCCCAAGAGCCAGGUGCCUCCAAGCAGACUCACGGAGCUCACCGUGUCUCCAAGAAGCCACAUGGGGAUCGGGAUGCCCUGGAGAAGUCCGUCGAUGACCACAGUGCUUCCAAGGCGAUCGGGGGACACCCCUAUGUGCCCAAAGACAUCAGAGGAGACCCUGAGCUCCUCCAUGUGCUAGGGGACACCCUCAAGGAGGUCAGUGGCAACUACUCCUGCUCCCUUGGACAGGGUGGUGAAGAUCCCACAGAGGUUGAUAGAGACCCCAAAGAGGGUGCAGACCCCACAGAAGUACUUAAAGACCCCAGUGAGUUUGAUGGAGAGCCCAAAGAGGUUGGUAAAGGCCCAAAUGAGGUUGAUGGGGACCCCAGAGAGGUUGGUGAGGACCCCAUAGAGUUGCAUGAGGCCCCCAGUGCAGGCAGCACCCCUGCUGAGGACCCCUGGGGAGGCGCUUGGCCUUGGGAAGCCUCAAGUUCCUCUUCCUCUUCCUCCUCCUCUUCCUCCUCCGAGGACGAGGUCGGGGUGGAGGACGACGGGGCCCCGCUGCCGCCGCCGGAAGAGCUGGGCCAGGGGAACCCCUUCCUGCUCUUCCUGUGCCUGGCCAUGCUGCUGGAGCAGCGGGAGGCGGUGAUGGCGCGCGCGGGCGACUACAACGAGGUGGCGAUGCACUUCGACCGCCUGGUGCGGCGGCACCACCUGCCCCGCGUCCUGCACCGCGCCAAGGGGCUCUUCGCGCGCUACCUGGAGGGCUGGGGGGGGGCGCCCCCGGGGGGGCACGGCACGGGGUAAAUGGAGGGGGGGAGGGAUGG